AUGGCCAUCACCCAGUCAGUUCACAACAAAAGUAAGUAAAGGAUUACUAAGUGAACAGUCAUCCAUGGGAUACACUCCAGUAUCUCCCACAUAAGUUAGCUCUCUUGUUUUUGCUGUCUCUCUGUCCCCCAGAAUAGGAUGUGGCCCUCACAUAUCCCAUGGGGCUUUUCUGCUCUGUAUUUCAGUCGAAGGUGGAUUUUUAUAAUGGCUGAGAGGUGACUCUCUCAAUAAGUAAUGAGCCUACGCCAGGCUUGUGAUGUGGAUCAAGAGAACGCAUGACUGCGGUUCAUCCAGCCCCUCCCUUGUGCUUACUGACUUCCUCCAUUAUGUUUGGGCUAAACCAACAGCUCCAUGAAAGAGGGGGAGAGAAUCCUGCUGCAAUGCUUCCGAGGAUUAGGGGAUUUACAGGAAAAAGCUUCCCAAAAAUUAAGCUUACAGGACAGGAAAAUGAAGUAGGACAAUUGGUAACAUUGGGAAUGUCUGAAACCAAAACACUGAGGGAGGUAGGGGCCUAAUCUGCUUUUUCGGUGACAGCUUUGUGGGGAAAUGAUUCCACAGAUAGAUUAAACACAUUUAGCAAGUUGCUACCCCCCCUCCUCUCUUCAUGUAAACUCUCUUGUAGGGUUAGUUAACUGGACAUGACUAAUGUUCCCUCAAAAAUAAUUAGGCGCUGAGCGAAUUUCAGGUCAGCUGAGCGCAAACUUGAACAUUGUGAAAAUUCUAUGCACUUAGUUUAUUCAAGCCUGUCUCAAAAUACAACACUGCCCCUUUAAGACAAAGAAAAAGCUCUUUACCUGACUCGCUUUUCAAAGAUGUCUAGAACUGUACACAUUUUGUGCUCUUGUAGGAAGCAAUCACUCCCCUAUUGCUGAUUACAAAUGAUCUAUAACUGGGCUAAUAACUCACUAACUAGCAAAGGAUAUUAACAAAAUGUGCACACGUGGCUACAUGCAGCUCUCGCUUUGAUCUCAAAACAAGUGCAUCUACUCACGACCGCUCAUGCUGUUAACACAGUCCAGUUCAAAGUAAAUGAAACAGAUCCAUAUAUGGCAAUUGUCUAUUUGCAUAUAGGCCCACUGCAGCUCUGAUUGUUUAUGCCGCACUGGUCUGUGUAGAGUACGGGCUGAGUAGUGCGUGUCAAUGCAAUAGAAUCCUACUCCAAUGCGUUCUGACUACAACAAAAUAUCUUGCAUUGUUAGUUUUGUUUCGGUAUGUUGCUUUGAAAGUGUCUAAUAUUGCGUAGAUUCGAUCACAAGAGCCACAGCAAAGGGAAAAGUUGAUAGUGUUAACAGGGAAAACUCUAAAACAUUGGUCACCAACCUUUUCUGAGUCAAGAUCACUGAGUCAAAAUGCAAGCUGAAAUCUACCGCUCAGUUUUUUUUUUAACAUGACUUAAAAAACAGAAGUCUAUGCAACAUUAACCAAUUAAAAACAGUACUGUAGCAAUGAGGUUUGUGCAGUAAGCUAUAGGCCCAAUACAUUAUCACUGCAUAUUGUCUUUGCUUGAAUUGCUCUGCCAAUGCAUUGUUGUUCGGGCCAUUUUUUAAAAUUAUAUUUCAAAAUUUGAGGUAGGCUAUAUGAUCACACCAUUGUUAUAUUACUUGUGAAGCACAGAUGAGUGAGCAUACAUUUAAAUCGUUUGUGAAAUGGCUAGCUAGUUAGCGGUGCGCGCUAGUAGCAUUUCAUUCGGUGACGUCACUCGCUCUGAGACCUUGAAGUCAUUGUUCAGCUUUUGUGGAGCGAUGGGUAACGGUGCUUCGAGGGUGACUGUUGUCAAUGUGUGCAGAGGGUCCCUGGUUCAAGCCCAGGUAGGGGCGAGGAGAGGGACGGAAGCAACACUGUUACAUUGAUGCUGUUGACCCGGAUCACUGGUUGCUGCGGAAAAGGAGGAGGUCAAAGAGAGGUGAGUGUAACCGGUGUGAAAUGGCUAGCUAAUUAGCGGUGCGCGCUAGUAGCAUUCAUUACUGCUGCAGUGCUUGUUGUAGCGCUGAGUGGAAAUAGGCAGAACAUACAUUUUAUGCAGGGGCGCAACUUUCACUGGGGACAGGGGGGACAUGUCCCCCCCACAUUCUGAAAUUGCAUUUUUGUCCCCCCCAGUUUUAUCAUUGGAAUGUGAUACAAAACUAGGCAACGGUGUGCUUCAGGACCAUGCGGACACUUCCGAGCGGUCGGGUAGGCUGUUUGGAGUGUUCGCCUACCCAUCGCGCAGGACAGCUGAAUUGGGUGCACCUGCCUCCAACAGCCCGAGACGAAUAAAAAAAAUAGGAACACAAGGCUUUAUCGUUGGGUUUUUUGGCGAUCGACUAGGAAUGCCUUGGAGAUGCGAUCGACUGGUUGGUGACCACUGCUCUAGAAAGUUCAAUCUUGUGCUUCUCGCUGUGAGCUGAUAUGUCUGCGUGCGGGAAUGCGCACGCACGCAGCUUAGAGGGAACAUUGGACGUGACCUUGAGAUGUAAAUACAAGGUAAUAUGUCAGUGUGUGCUCUUAAGCAUACGGUAUGAGGCCUAAAUAUUUAGAGCAAAUUAAUUAAUGACAAAUGAAUGGCAUUACAAUUAAUGGCAACUUGCAAUACAAUUUAAUUCAAUUAGUUGCUGCAGUGGAUAUGGAGGUUAUUUACUUAGAGUACCACUAAGUUGUGAAAUGAUUUGUUGUAGUGAUGAGCAAGCUUCAUUCUUGUGGAAGUGUAGUUAAGUUAACGCAACCACCCACACUUAUGUUGCCUUUAAGGCCACUAGAUUAGAGACUGUGUUAUAGACCUGCAUCUUAUUACAAGCCUGGCUAAGCACUAAAUGGAAAAGGGUAAUUGUGUCAGUGAUCCUGUGUCUGAAGUGUUGCUUGAGGCCCACAGCGACACAGAAAGAUAUGCCAACCUAACUUCCAAUGAAAACAGAAGUGCCUUGUUAGGACUCAAGGAUUUUAGUGGAAAUGAACCCUCUCAUCUAUUAAGGACAGUUUUAAUGUCACAAUCUGUUAAAUGUCCUCAGUGUUGGCUAUAUUGCUUUGUAAAAUAGUAAAAGCCUUCAAGUGACAGAUUUCAUUUAUGUUUUUCUCUCACAGGACCAAAGCCCAAAUCUGGAGCCCUGCGCUCACUCUCUCUUCUCAACAUCUGGCACCUAGCAUCCAACCCCUCUACUUUGUACCUACAGUACACCCUGAACUCCCCCUCUCUCUCUGUCUGUCUCUCUGUCUGUCUCUCUCUCUCUCUGCACCCACCCCCUCCCAGCUCCCCCCUCAGUGUCCCUGAUGCGUAAGAACAGUAAAGUGACGCAGCGUGAGCACACCAAUGAGCAUGUCACAGAGUCGGUGGCAGACCUGCUCGCUCACGAAGCGCCGCUCGACUACAAGAACAGCUCUCUGAAUGUUGGAGGGGUCCCCGGGAAGAAGAUUGUUCUCGAGCCCCCCGAGAACGAUGGCCGCCCGGCCUGGAACAGCAAGCUUCAGUACAUUCUGGCCCAGGUGGGCUUCUCUGUGGGGCUAGGAAAUGUUUGGCGCUUUCCUUACCUAUGCCAAAAGAAUGGAGGAGGUGAGUGGCAGACCGCGCCCCCUAAGGGCUGGCUGACUAAAUAGCAAGCAUAGCAGAAUUAUUUAUUGUAGCUACGUCAAUGGAUGAGCAGUGACCCAUGUAGCAGGCCUGUAUGUGAUUUGAGAAAGGGGCGCUGUGCAGAUUUACAAGGUCAUUUCCUCCUCAUCUUCCUGUCUGCCUCUGUCUGAUGAAGAGUCUAGCGGCGGCUGCUUUCCUGGCAGCUCAUUGACCCAGACUGUAAGAAUGACAUGCCAGCAACUCUGGCUUGCCAUCACAGUCAGGCUGGACUGCCAAGAGAGGAGCACAGGUCCACAAACACCACUCUAAAUAUAGCUGUGCUAUCGAUUACUACUGGCACUGGGGCAGGUCAAGGCUCAGCUGAUACUCUGAUCAACAUGAAAGGGAUACUCUUAAUUAAACAUUAAUGGCUCUGUAUUUUGGUGAUGGUGAUUUAUUUAUUUUGUCAUGUAGUUACAGGUGCACAGUGUAAAUCUUUGCUGGUAUAGUAGUUCAGAACACCCCUAUUUGUCAGGGCAGGUUGGCAUUUAUUGGGAUGACUCAUGUACUGGAGGCAGCUCUGCAGAGUGGUCACUAGUUGAUUUUAAACCUAACCUAACCCUAACCUUAACUCUGACCUUAACCACACUGCUAACCCUAAUGCCUAGCCCUAACAUUAAAUGAAGGCCAAUUUUGACUUUGCAGCUGUCCCAUCUAGUGGAAAUCGCUCAGAUUUCAUACUAUUGUAUGUUCUUGGAGUUGACAGUGUUUUGCAGAAUGUGCUAAAUUUAGCUUCUGCACUCCCCUGCUCUAACAUAACCUAACCUCUCUACCAUAAAUGGAUAAAAACAUGCCCCAUCAGUUUUAAUGAGCAUCACACCUCUGACCAUAACAGCAGCAUAAAACACCACAUCUCUUACCUCUGGUCAUAGAAAUGACGAUUAGGCAUGCUCAAUUCACCUCCAAAACCUCACAGUCUCCCUGUCUUCACCUGAUAAUGACUGAUGUGUUUGGUGCACCAGCCCUGUUGUCUCUCACACACCUUCUCUUCCUGAUUUAUUGCUAAUAGGCAGGAUUUAAAGGCUCCUAUAACCAAGCAGCCUGGUCGUUUGACCAGGUGAACGGCCAUCUUUCACCCCCUAAUUUACCUCCUGACAGCAAAUUACAGCCACAUUAAAUGGUUCUGUGGUGUUGGGUGGUUAUCGCUCUGGGCCUCCUUCCCCCUCCUCUCUCUCUCCUUCUCUCCUUCUCUCCUUCCAGCAUUCUCUGCUUAUCUUUCAUACCUCAGUUUGCAUGCUAUACAGUAUAUCAGGGCUGUUAGCUGGCCUCAGUUCAGAUAGGCUGCAAUUGAUUGGAUCCGGCUGAAAGGGCACUGUGUUUGUCAACUGAUCUGAGGACACUUUGGCUGGGGGCCAAAUGCAGCGAGCAGGAUUGACUUAUCCUUUCCUGAACUACAUUGUACUUCUUUCUCUCUUCAUUCUAGGACCUUGGUCUUUUUGUGCCGUAAUAUUCAAUCCAUUCCCACUGGGCCAGGGCCAUUCACAGACCUUUGGGGGGGAGGGGUGCAGGUGCUCAAAAUACAAAAUGGUCAACCAGUGGCCAGAGGAGAGCACUCUUGGGGCAGGAGGGUGGGGGAGGGGGUAUUUUCUGAGAUUCAAGAGCUUAUGAAAUAGCUAGUUUCAUGCGCAAUUCGUUACAUUUAAAAUGUUUUAAAAAAUUAAGAAAUAAAAAGUAAUUCAUAAAAUACAAAAAAUCCACAAGGUGCGAGGGGACUUUUUCAAAGGAGGGCAAAAGGUCAGGUGCUCGGGCAUUGGAUCUGUGCAUGUGCCUGUACUGGGGGAUAAACUUGUUGAAUCAACGUUGUUUCCACAUCAGUUCAACAAAAAAUGUAAUGUGAUGAUGUUGAAUCAAUGUGGAAAACUGAUUGGAUUCGCAAAAAGUCAUCAAUACAUAAAUUAAUUUGGGGAUUUUAUUUUUAUUUUCUUACCCAAUUUCUUACCUACUUCCAAUGACCUGGUUCUAUUUUUUGUUGAUCUCAUGUUGAAUUUACAUUAGUAACAACUCAAUUAAAACUAGACGUUGAACUGACGUCUGUGUCCAGUGGGCUAUGAGCUCUGGGCUAUGUAACUGGUACUCCUGAAGUAUGAGUAUUAGUGAUAGUGAUUCAGCGUAAGUAUUAGCAUCCUGAUGAUCAAAUACAGUAGCAUCCUGAUUAAGCCUCUCUUGGAUUAAGCUGGGAAGGUCCAAAUUUAGACAUCCCCCAUAAUUCAAAUCAAAUACUAAAAUAGACCUUAGUAAAUCACUGGUUGGAUGGGCUCUGACUUGCAGGGUGGGAGAGUAAUAUAGAACACUUUCAAAGGUGUCAGCAAACAAAAAGCUAUUACAUAUUGCAGUGACAAGUGAUGCAGAACUGUUAAGUACAAACAGACAGACACCAUAGUGUCCUGAGUCUCAGAGCUCUGGCCUCUCCCCUGACUCACUGAGUUGGCCUUCUACUUCGUGACCACCAACUAGAGGGUUUGUCUUCCUGUCACCCAGUCUGUCCACCUCUCCCCUUCCCCUCUGGCUUUGUAAUGAGACACAAUCAAUUAUAAUUAGUGUUCUAGAAACAGCUCAGAGGAACAGAGCCAGGGUCCACAGUAAAUGUUAAGUCUCUCCAUUGAUCCAGCAAGGUAGCCAAUUGAAACUUGUGCAUUAUUUCAAAGGAAAGGUGUUCCACAUUUUACACAAUGCUUAGUACUGUAAUAUCACACAUACAGUAUGUGUACUUCUCAUGUACCUAAUAGUCUAUUGGGAGAAAUAUAGCAUGAUCACUUUGACCCCUUUCUUUCAGGUGCCUACUUAGUCCCGUAUUUCAUCCUCCUCAUCCUCAUCGGCGUCCCGCUCUUCUUCCUGGAGCUGGCGGUGGGCCAGAAGAUCCGACGUGGGAGCAUCGGGGUGUGGAACUACGUGUGCCCCCACCUGGGCGGGAUAGGGGUGUCCAGUCUAAUGGUGAGUGACAGUGAGGAUGGUGUCUUUGGUUUAAGGUUGCCUAUUAUAUCACCUCUUGGUUGAAGUGGAGGCUGGAAAUCAGUUUGUUAACUGAUCACCCUCCAAUCAUCAGCUACAUAAUGCUAUUUGUUUUAACAUGAUUUUGGUGUAAUCUGUUUAUAUUCUGAAGUGCUUGUUCCACGUAACGAAAUAUACAGUGUCCCAAGAGAAAAACAGUGUGACUGACCACAGUGCACUGCAGAGGGAAACAGAUAGGUCAGUGUGAUAAGGAUAAUGGAUGUGGGGUUUAUCACUGGGAGCUUUCGCUGAAUGGGCUCUUAUUUCAACAGAGUCUCUCUACCUCAGUGACUGUGUGAUUUAUUAAGUAUGCUAUUUUCUGCAUAUACCAACACUUUGUGGCCUCUCCCCUGACUAUCUCCAUGCUUGGCUGCCUUAGCAUACUGUUUUUACCACAUGCAUUGUGGUGCUGUCACCAGCACUCUAUUUAACACCCACCGACCCGAAUCUCUUUAAAGGCCCAAUGCAGUCGUUUUUAUCUCAAUAUCAAAUUAUUUCUAGGUAACAGUUAGGUACUUUACUGUAAUAGUUUUCCAUUAAAAGGGUAAUUAAAUUUUUUUUUUUUUGAAAAAAACUAUUUCUCAAGCAAGAAUUUCGCUGGGAGUGGUCUGAGUGGGUAAGGGGGGAUAUGUAAUCUGAAAACUAGCAGUUAUUGGCAGAGAGAUUUGGAACUCUCUUUGUUAUUGGUCUAUAUUAACUUAUACCGCCUAGUGAUGUCACCAGACAAGCCACAACUCCACCCAUGCAAAACCUGCUGAUUAGAAGGUUCUGUGUAGAUUGUAUUUUCAACCAGCAACUAUCAGGAAAUAACACUGAUCAAAUUGCUUCACACUUUUACAGUGUUAGUUUCAUCAGUUGCUGUAUAAUAUGAUACAAAACACAGGAACAUUUCAUUUUGACUGCACUGGGCCUUUAAGAUAAAAGCUGUUGUUCAUGCUUUCUGUGUAUAUGCCAGUUUGAUAGGAUGGAUCUAUUUAAACAGCUCCAGGUCUUGAAUUUGGCAUAUAGGAAAUUUUGUGACUCACAUCACAUAAUCUCACUGUCACAACAUCACAUAACAUGCCAACCUCCCACUUUAAUAAGAGAUAUCUCACAAAGGUGGAUCAUUUAUUUUGGGAAGCAUUCAGUGUCCAUUUAUGAAUAUUGUGAGAGGAAAUAGACAUUGUGUAAAUCUGUUGAGCUGGAAUGUGUAAUCACUAAUGAGGCAAACUUGCUUUAGGGGAUAGAUAGAUAUGCCUUGAUUUGUAAUUGAGCAUAGCAGGUCUAAACAUGGUUCCCCAUGUCUGCAUCACCUUACACAACUCAAAACAAACAUACUCUGACUCUGUGCUAUUAUGAUGGAGAAAGCUAUCUCACGUUCUUCAUUCCAUAAGAUGUGACAUAAACAGUUGUAUGAGUCGUAGUUGUAUAAUGUAGAUAGAUGAAAGAAUAGGACUAUAAAGAUGAGUAAACCGGAUAAUGUCCUAGAUAGUGAGAGAGAGGCGGAGAUGGGGGGGCUUAGGGUGUGAGAGAGAGACAGCCCCUCGUUGGUGUUGCACAUGACUGAGAGUGGCAGCUAUAAAUACCUCUUAAGAGAUCACUGUGGAAAUGGCUGAAAGAGUGUACUUCAAUAAUUCAUGGAUUUCCCGACCUGGUUUAGCUUCUGCCUGUCCUUGUUGACAUGGCGAGGCUCAGAAGAUUACAUUUUUGUCAUUUAGUAGACACUUUUAUCCAGAUUACAUUCUUAUCCUAAUUGCCAAUUAGUGUUAAGAGCCUUGCUCAAAGGCACAUUGAUAGAUUUUCACAGUCAGCUCUGGUAUUCAAACCAGAGACCUUUUGGUCACUGGCCCAAUGCUCGUAACCACUAGGCUACAUGCCACCUUAGGAACAUGAGAAAAGAACAUACUCCUGCCUAAAUAGACCAUCUGAAUGAGAAAUAUAUUGAAAUUACCUCUCACGGUACAGUAGUGUAUGUAUGGAUAUUCACACACACACACACACACACUCAUUGUGUCAAAUUGCCAUUUGACUGAAAGAGUGGCAUCAACCAGCAGUGACAGGGACUUGUGCAGAGGAGCACCUCAGGCGUGAGUGUGAGUUUCAUUGGACUUUCUUACUCUAACAGACUCUGCCUCUCCUACAUUCCAGGUGUGUGGCUUUGUGGGGCUCUACUACAACGUCAUCAUCGGCUGGAGCAUCUUCUACUUCUUCCAGUCCUUCCAGUACCCACUGCCAUGGGCCGAAUGCCCUAUCAGGAGGAAUGGAUCAUUAUCCAGUGAGUGGAUGCCAGAUCUGAACAGAGGGACGGAGGAGAGAUGCAGAGGGCAAAGAAAAUGGAGUCAUAGAACUCCUCUGAACUGUUUGAUAAAGCCCAAGCAGCUGAGUGGCCAUGACCAAUGUGGUAUGCCACAGUUGGUCUCACAAACUAGAAAGGAUUUAAUGAAUAUUGAAUUAAACCUCUCUCCUUUUUUAAGAAGGCCUGUAUUUGAUUAAUCAGAUAUGACUAAUUUCCGUCUUGUUAUAUGCACUCAUUUUGCCCUGUAGAAUAAUCCAUACUUGCACAAUCAUUUUUGGUCAGUCUGAGAGAAACACAUAUUUGUGUUUUGUAAUUCAAUCUUCCGGUUCAAUACAGUUUUGGCCAGGGUGGGCACUGAAUCUCACAUCUAACUAGCUUACUUACGAGUAUCCUUCAUGACUCAGAUGGAGAUAAUACAGAUGAAAGUCCUUUGACACUCUUAGAUUAGAGGUGGUGAUAAUACAAUCCCAGCGGUUCCAAGAAUCACUCAGCGCUCACCUCUCCUCUCCUCUGCUCUGCUCCUCACAUGACUCAGCAGUAUGAAGACAGUCAGCCACCAGUGAGCAUGGAGGAGAGCAGCUGUAGCUGGUCAGAUAGAAGGGUUCUUACACUGAGAGACAGAGGCAUAUGGCAUGGUGUUGCAAGUCAUCAUGUUAUUGUCUAAUCCAUUCCCUCCAGGAUUCCGGGAUUCUGCGAUCGCAAAUCUUUUAGCAAAAUAAACAAUUCCCUGCAUAUUAUGCGAGGGUUUGCAAAUUUGACCAAGCACCACACUAUUUCCGCGUAAAACAAUCAAAUCAUUGCAAUAUUAUUGCAUAAAACUGACCCAUCACCGCAGUACAAAAAGAAGGAUCGCAAUUUACAACCAAUCACCGCACAUUUACCGCAUAAUAUGGUUCAAUCAAGCCACGUCAACAAACGUUUUAACUCGUCAGUGCAUUUUCGCAACAAAUUUGACAAAAUCAUCACAUAUUGCCAUGCAAAAUGUCAGAAUUUAUGCAGCAAAAUCAAGCAUUUUGGUCUGCAAAUAUCACAAAAAGUCCCAGCGAAAUCCUGGAGGGACUGGUAAUCAUACAGUACCACACAUACAGGAUUGUAUGUGAUUCCCCAUAGGUUUGCUCUUUACAAAUGGUGGUUUACUACACCAUGCCACACUCCUACACUACAGUAUAGUGGGAUUUGAGUUUUUCCACAGUGGCAUUACAGGUUGUCUGUAGCAUUGUCUUUAAUUCUGUGUGAAAAAGUGACCUCGCGCCAUGGUCAUACAGAUGUAGGAUUUUAAUUUGCUCACCCUGUUGCAGGAGAACUUGUAGUGUAUUUGAGGUUUAAAAAGGCUUCUGGAGUCUGUAAUUUCCACUUUGGAAUUACAUACUUGAUUUUCCCUUACGAAAAAUUUAUCAACCCCUACAAAAAUGUCAAUUAAUUCUAAUCCACAUAAUAAUUCAAAUUUCCUGUUGCUGCAGGAUUAUUUUCCUGCUGUAGCAAACUGGCUCAAAUUAAGUAAUAAUAGUAAUAUGCCACUUAGCAGACGCUUUUAUCCAAAGCGACUUACAGUCAUGUGUGCAUACAUUUUUUGUGUAUGGGUGGUCCCGGGGAUCGAACACACUACCCUGGCGUUACAAGCGCCGUGCUCUACCAGCUGAGCUACAGAGGACCACAUCUGUAGAGAAAGGUAGACCCUAUCAUUCAUGCAGGUGUGUGGGACCCCAGGACCACGCUGCUCUGCACCCACUCUGACCUGGCCCAAUGGUUACAUGUCUGCAUUAACCACAUCAAAUAAACUGUGGUUAACAUUGGCAUCGGCAGGGUCAGAUCAGCUAAACACAGAGACCAAGGUCAUUCAGACCUAGCGUUCACUUUUAAUACAGUUCUGUGCUUCUGGAGUGACAUGCAGGAGUGGAGGGGUAAGAAGAAGGGAGAUGGGAGAGAUAAGGGAAAGAUAUACUGCAUAUAACCUGGAAUGCCAUCACUCAUAGACAGAGAGAGAGAUAAAAGAGAGGAUCAAAUUAGAAUUAUGGGAGGCCAUCAUGAUUUCCUCUGCUGAACAUUGCCAUCUACCUGACAUAAAUAGAGACUGGUACACUUAGUUGACCUGGCAAUUUCUGUGCAUGCAUGUGUGUGUGUGUGUCUCUGUGUGUGUGUGUGUGUGUGUGUGUGUGUGUGUGUGUGUUUGUGUGCAUGUUUUUGUGUGUGUGUGUGUGUGUGUGUGUGUGUGUGUGUGUGUGUGUGUGUGUGUGUGUGUGUGUGUGUGUGUGUGUGUGUGUGUGUGUGUGUGUGUGCGUGCCUGCAUGUUCUUGCAUGCGUGUGGGUGCAUAUGCGUGUAUUUCUGCAGUACCUCUGUAAGACUGCUUUCUCCAGACUUAAAUCCAUGUAUCAUUUCCCCAAGGUUGAACUAUAAAAGGUGAAAAUAUGCGCAAAGAAAAAUGUCAAGCGUCUUGAAUGAGGGCUCACACUGUGCAUACCAAGUUCAAGGAUGAACCUUGUUUACCUUACUAAUGUCCAUCUGGGAGAACCAAUCCAGGGGGGAGAGGGGAUUUGGUCCCUGUGUAAACAUUCUCUCCCUCAUUUUAUUUAUUCUCUAUCUUUCUCCCUUCUACUCCCCUUAUCCCUUUACUUUCCCUAUCACAUCCCUCCCUCCCCUCUCUCUCUCCCUCUCUUUCAUCCUCCCUGACCUCCCUCCCUUUUCACAACAACUCUUUUCACUCUCCCUCUCUCUCUCCCUCCCCUCUCUCUGACCACCCCCCUCCCCCUCACCCCUCUGCAGUCGUGGAGCCUGAGUGUGAGAAAAGCUCAGCCACCACCUACUUCUGGUACCGCCAGACCCUGAACACCACCAGCACCAUCGCAGACAGCGGCGGCCUGAACGUCAAGAUGACCCUGUCUCUGCUGGUGGCCUGGAUCAUCGUCUGCCUGGCUGUCAUCAGAGGCAUCGCGUCCUCUGGGAAGGUAGGGAGCGCUGUGGGGAGAGAGGGGAGAAAGGGGAGGGUUUGUGGGGAAGGCCAGGGGGUGUGGGGAGUAUGGGGAAGAGGGAGAGGGAGAGGGGCAGCGGAUGUGGCGGGAGAGGGGCAGGGGGUGUUGGGGGGAGAGUCAAAAGAGUGUAGGGAAGAUAUAUGACAGGUCCCAACUUUUUCUAGAACAUGACAUGACUAACAAUUGCACUGGAAUAUUAGCCUACUGGACUGGAGUCCUACCUUCCUCUGGCAUGUAUAGUGUAGUUGUUGUACAGAAUGUGUGAUUGUAAGUUGUUUCCUGUGGUCUGACAGGUGAUGUACUUCAGCUCGCUGUUCCCGUACGUGGUGCUCUUCUGUUUCCUGGUGAGAGGUUUGCUGUUGAAGGGUGCUGUCGAUGGCAUUGCACACAUGUUCACUCCCAAGGUGAGAUUCAGAGGAGGCCGUUACACACACACACACACACACACACACACACACACACACACACACACACACACACACACACACACACACACACACACACACACACACACACACACACACACAAACACACACACACACAGAAGCUUCCAUUGCAGUUGUAUGCUGUCAUUUAUAGGAAAAGCCAGUGGUAAGACAGCUACUAUACCUAUAGAAUGUAUAAACAUUUCUAAUGAUUAAAACCAAGUUAGCCACCUAGCUAACACAUCAUUCAUAUAGUAAUUCGUAACAUAUCAUAAUGUCAUACUAAUUUGAGUGUCCCAGAUUUUAUUUUACUAUGUUACGUCUACCCCUGAGUCCAGGUUGGUCAGUCAAUGUGUUACUGUGUGUUCCAGCUGGAGAAGAUGCUGGAGCCCCAGGUGUGGAGAGAGGCAGCCACCCAGGUGUUCUUUGCCCUGGGCCUGGGCUUCGGUGGAGUUAUUGCCUUCUCCAGCUACAACAAGAUAGACAACAACUGCCACUUUGACGCCGUGCUCGUCUCCUUCAUCAACUUUUUCACCUCCAUCCUUGCUACUCUGGUUGUUUUCGCUGUGCUGGGCUUCAAGGCAAACCUAAUGAACGAGAAGUGUGUCAUAGAGUGAGUUCAAAUCAAAUGCCCUAGCAGCCAUCUAUAGUGAUGGUGGAGGGAAUUCAAGCUGUAUAAUACAGAAUUAAACGACUCUUUGCUCACACCAUACAUUUAUUAUCAUGCCCUCUCUGUGAUCAGAUUCAGGACUUUUGCCGUAAUCUUCAUCUUGUGCAUGUUUCAACAUGUUUCCCUGUGGUCUCUUCAGGAAUGGAGAGAAGAUGCUUGGCUACCUGAACUCUAACGUGCUGAGUCAUGACCUCAUUCCGCCACACGUGAACUUCUCCCAGCUGUCCACAGUAGAAUAUGCUGAGAUAUACGGUGUCAUCAAGACGGUGAAGGAGGGCAGCUUCGCUGAGCUGGGCCUUGACCCCUGUGUCCUGGAGGAUGAGCUCAACAAGGUACAGUGGGUCUGUCUGUCUGGGCUCUGAGCUCUACCUCACCGAAACUGGGUCUGAAUAUGAGCCAGUUCCACAACACCAAACCAAUUAGGCUUUUUCUAAUCAUCCUCAUACUGUACUUAACUAAUCUCCUUCUUGGCUCUUCUGUCCCCUCUCUCUCUCUCUAUCACAAUCUCUUGGUCCUCUUUUGCACCCUCUCUCCUUCACUUUUUUUCUCUUUCUCUCUCUCUCUUAUCCCUCUUUCUCUGUAGUCUGUGCAAGGUACAGGCUUGGCUUUUAUUGCCUUCACCGAGGCCAUGACUCAUUUCCCAGCUUCUCCCUUCUGGUCUGUCAUGUUCUUCUUCAUGCUCAUCAAUCUGGGCCUGGGCAGUAUGAUCGGCACUAUGACAGGCAUCACCACGCCCGUCCUCGACACCUACAAGGUCCAGAAGGAGCUUUUCACAGGUCAGCCCUAAAAACCACUGUGGUGCUCCCAUUCUCCUCUAUCAUAGUUACAAACGCAGGUUGGCAGUUAUUGUCAUGAGUCUUGUUCUGGAGGCAGCUCUGCAGAGUGGUCACUAGCUGGCACAGCCACAAAGUCAUAAAAUCUGAUUUUAAACCUAACCCUAACCCUAACCUAAACCUUAACCACAAUGCUAACCCUAAUGCCUAACCCUAACCUUAAAUUAAGACCAAAAAGCACAUUUUUGUUUUUAUGUAGCUCAAUUGGUAGAGCUCAGUUGGUAGAGCAUGGCGCUUGCAACACCAGGGUUGUGGGUUCGAUUCCCACGGGGGGCCAGUAUGAAAAAAAAAAAAUGAUGCACUCACUCUGGAUAAGAUCGUCUGCUAAAUGACUAAAAUGUAAUGAAUUUUUACGAUAUAGCCAAUUUUGACUGCUGCUGGCCUUGCUAGCUGAAACCGCUCAGUUCUGCCUCCAGGGCAAGACUCAUGACAAUAAACGUCAACCUGCGUUACAAACACAAAUUCAGCACAUUUCACCAAGACGUAGUGGGUAACUACAUAAGACUCGUGAAUUCUACGAUUUUUAAGGAUGAGUACUUUUUCCUACUUUUGUUGUAGUCCUUUGAGGCUGAACACAAAGUCAUCGCAAUAAAAGCAAUGGAUUGCAUAAAUAAAGACUUUCUCAUCCAAGGAUCCACAAAGGUUUUACAUAAUGUGAAGGUUAUUCAACCACAACUGAAGAAGAGAUAAAAAUGCUGAAGUCACUGCAAACUUUCUGACUAAUGCUUUUACCUCAUCUUGCUCCAAUUCCCUCUCUCUAUUUCUCUUUCUUUCAGUGUGCUGCUGCAUCAUAGCCUUUUUCUGUGGCCUGCUCUUCGUCCAGCGCUCUGGGAACUACUUUGUCACCAUGUUUGAUGACUACUCCGCUGGUCUGCCUCUCACUAUCGUGGUCAUCCUGGAGAAUGUGUCAGUGGCCUGGAUCUACGGCACCAAGAGGUACAGGAUGGUGUCUCCUCUGAGAGCCCUAUAGUGUCAGAAGUAGCUUUGUAAAGUGAACACACUGAUCAUCACUGAUAUUGAAAUGUGUGUUUUUCAUAUGGAUUAAGAGGGAAAUUGAAUAUGAGGAAGGAUAAUAUUAAGAAAGGAUUGAGAAAGAGUCAAGGAACACCUGAAUACUGUAAACUGUAAACUGAAGGAGUUGGUUGGAUCUAUGUUAAACCCACCUGUGUGUGUGUCAGGUUUAUGCAGGACCUGGAGGACAUGUUGGGUUUCCGGCCCCACGCCUUCUAUUUCUACAUGUGGAAGUACGUCUCCCCUUGUUGUCUCAUCAUUCUCAUCACAGCUACCGUUAUCGAGAUGGCCAUCAGCCCUCCAGGGUACAACGCAUGGGUAGAGGAACUGGUCAGUUAACCUGUUGGCAGACAGUGCAAAGUUUCAUAUAGACACUUCAUAUAGACACUUAUUGACAUUUUGUGUACUAGCCUUGUUACAGAGUUUGCAGUCAGCACCAGGAGUAUUUAUUUUUCACUCUAUUUCCCUUUGUAACUUUGUUUCUCUCUCUCUAGGCUCAGGAGCGUUUCCAGAGCUACCCUCCCUGGGCAUUGGCCAUGUGCUUUUCUCUCAUCGUGGUGGCCAUGCUUCCUCUCCCCAUCGUCUUCAUCGCCCGCCACUUCAACCUGAUGACCGACGGCUCCAACAAGCUGUCCGUCUCCUACCGCAAGAGCAUGAUGAAGGACAUCUCCAAUCUGGAGGAGGUGGAUGAGACGCGCUUCAUCCUGGGAAAAAACCCAGGAGAGACGCCCUCGCCUAAGCCCCCAUCCCGAGCCUACCUGGGCCCCCCGGGCACCAACCCCCUGGAAAACCCCAACUCCCUGUCCCCCAACAGCUGCUAUGGGACAGGCUACCAGAACGCCAUCAGCCCCACAACCCCCACCACCCCUGUCACCCCCACCACCACUGAGUCCGACUCAUGA